ACAACAAAUCAUGUACUAUUCCGGUUGUUUACGUAUUUCGAAUGCACACGUCUUUCAGUGAAUUGUACAAGUAUAGCUGUCAACGUUCAACACGUGACCCCACUAGAUGAUUCCUAUCUCUACAUCGGCUCCACGGCCACAGUCAGGGUAUCUGUUGUCAUUCCCGUGGGAUCUAUUGAAGAGUUGAGAAUCACCCUCAUCCACGAUGGGGAGAAUGUUGACUUCGAUACUAUAAAGGCAAAUCAUACAGGCAACAUGGAUUUCACCGAUUCCACAUCCGUGUGGAGUAGAUAUUACAAUACAAGUUUCCAAAGGUUUCACAGAGUCUGUUACAAAUUUUAUAACAUUACCACGUCAUAUUCCAACAGUACUGAAAAUCGGCUACUUUCUGAUUUUUAUGUGUAUCUGCAUAACGCAAAAGGUUUACAAGAUGGACAAAACAUAAGCAUAGAUGCAAAAGUUUCUUACCAGUGGAAUGGAAUAAAUCUGAUUGAAUGUCCAGUCCAUCCGUUCAGUUUUACCAUAAAAACACUGCUUUUGAAAAUGAAUAAGACGGCUUCCUUUUCCAUGGUGGCACCAAAGACAUCUGAACUCCCUUCUGGAAUCAACCUACUUAAUAAAAUUACGUUUAGGGCGUGGGUUCCAGAUUAUAAUCCUUCGAUUAAAGUUCUUCUGCAAAGACACACCGACUCUCUUUGGAUUGCAUACUUGCGAGUGCCCAGCGUUGGAUUGUCAUAUAGGACAGGCUACGGAGAUAUCCGAUUGCUUAAAGUUUCAAGUUGUGGUGCUAACACCUCGUUGUUGAUAGAAUUCCCCUCACACUGGGUGAACAGAGGUUACUACAAAGAUUCAAAAACAACGGCCUAUGACAAAAUAGAAUUCGAGGCCGGUAUUAUGAUGACAAAGUCAGCUGAUUUGGAUUCAGAACAAACUGUCCGCAUAAGCAUUCUAUUGGAUGAUGUUGAAGUGUGGAACUCGACAGUUUCCCUCAAAGUCAACUCUACAGUAAAUGCGGAUUCACUGGUCAAGAUGUCGAUAGUUGAUGACCUCGUGAAUGGACCUAUCGUAUCCUCCAGCAAUAUACCACUAAUGUUAGUCAUCGAAACACCAGCGAACACGGCAGAGAUUAUAAAUAUCAGGUUAUGGACAGGAAAUCUCUUGGAGACAGGGGAACCAGCAGCAAUAAUUAAGAAUGUGUCUUUUCACCGUGCUGACGAAAACAUUACGUGUUAUGACCUGAAUGCACUUUAUCACAAAACAGAAAACUCAUCGGUUCAGAACUCCGCCUUAAUUCAUUUGAAGUAUGUAAAUUCUGCUACAGACAGUAUUACUAGUUUCAUAAAUCUGACUUUUGAAGUCAAUGUUGUGCAGGAAAAGAUGAAUUUUGCAGACAUGUAUGUCGUGUUUGUUGCCCUUGGAACUGUGACGUUAAAAUAUACGAUUAACAUGAAGCUACCCGAGAUUUUGAAAGACAGAAACAACACAUUGUUAGGACAGUUUCAUAAGUUACUGGACGGUGAUAACAGCACCUGUGUUGAUUUACCUGUUAUGGGAAAUUUCCCUCCAUUAUUUUGGACAAGGGUUCAUACCGCAUGGUUUAGAAUCAAUGCAUCAACGUUCGAAAUAACAGUGAUUGGGAAAGAUAUAUCUUGCCAACGAAAUGGUUACAAGAUUUCGCAGGUAUCCAUACCUACAUCGAGCUCAAAGAAUGGAUUCCAUGGAGAUCUGAAGUUUUGUGAUGUAACGUAUAAUGGAGACAUGAACAGAAAUAUUAGUAAAUGUGUUUAUAAUUGUCAGUGCAAAAAUCACGUGGAAUGUAGCGAAGUGAUUUUGUUCAUGGCAAAUCAUGGGGAGGCCUCCGACUGGAAUUUAUGUGAAUUAUCCGCAGUUAAUGUUUAAAGAAGAACCAUCCAUAGCUAUAUGUACAUGUAUAAUAUAUUUGCACUAUAGGACUCCACUUUAGUUUGAGACUUAUGCUUACUUUAUAAACAUAAAUAUUAUUAAACGACGUCUCAUAUCAAUCCAAAAUCCGGAAGUAAAGCUGAGACUUUCUAUUACGCCCCUUAAAGAGUUUCACAUUCAUACUGACGCGCUGCCAGCUAUAGGCUGCACCACUCUAUUAAUGUUGCCUAAUGUUCUUACCAAAAUUACUCACCUUUGAUUUGACCCUGCCUCCUUAAAGUAAACUUCUCAGACGUCUUACUUUUACAUCAUGUAGUACUGUAAUACAAUCAAAGUUCCGGGACUUAUUUUCGACGUGAACCUCCACAUAGAUAAAGUGAUGCAACCUGCAAUAAAAAUAUGGUUUCUUUGAAUUUCAAUAAACUUCAUAAAAAAGAAGUUGAAUGAUAUGUGUGUGUGACUGUACAUUCAUUUUUGUUUUAAUUUCUGAUAUUCAUGAAGUGAAACAAACCUUGGAUAAAUGAGUUGUUUGGAUGAAAUUGAGGCCAUUUUGAGCAAUUCUGAUAGAAAGCGUAUGUGUGUGAAAUUUGGAUUUUUCACCUAUUUUUUUGUAAUUGCUGAUAACGAUUUUUUUCAUAUGGUUGUGGAAGGCUUUACCUUAUAUGUAAGAACAUUGUUGGUGAUUUUAUGUGGUAUACUAAUAUACUAUUGAGAUUUGAUGUGUAAAAUUGCAAUUGAAAUGUGAUGAUGUUCUUGAUUAGA